AUGGCACAGCGAGGGAACGCAUGGACGGAAGACGAUGAGCACGAGGUGAAGCAGUCUCUCCACCAAAAGGAGGCAAUUACAGCUCAAAUGAUCGGUAUCAUCUCGGCACGCCUAAAUUCACUGCAGACGACAGCAAAUAAUCGUAAGCACGGACUCGAGUGUGACCUGCGUGUUAAUUCGGACUACUGCUCCAAGAUGGUCCCGCCACUUGUGGAUAUGCUGGAAAGUCGAGGAGCAGCGGCAGCCAAAAGCCGAGCCAUCUCGUCAACGACUCUCGCGAGCAAUCAAGCCAUGCUAGAGCGGCUUUUUGGACCUGAUGAGAAAACGAAAACGCACACGCAACUGCACAAAAAGAAGAAGCUGGAGGUGCACAAGGGCGAUAACAAACGCAACGCGCGCGGCCAGAUCGAGAAGCAAUUGCAAGCCAGCGUUGAAGGCCACAUCACCCGCACGGUGGAAAGUUUUGUAUACGGGGUAAAUGACGGAGAUAUUGGAGGGGCGAGUUCGAGAGGUAACGUUUACAUGAACACUACCCUACUACUGGUACACACCUUUGAGAGGAUUCAUAUUAGCCAUGGACGGCGAAAUUUCAAGCGAUUCCUGUUGUCCGAACUCUCCGGAGCCCUCUUUGAGGAGGUAUUUUGGCUGGUUUUCUGCCACUUUUAUCAGAAAGAGUCACUGGCACAACAGAGAGCACUAGCAGAUGAAAUCAGCGCAAAGUACAUUAAGAUGGUUGCUGCGCUGCGUGGAAGUAUGGACUAUCUGUUUCGUGUUUACCCGUACGCUAUUGCCAGUGGUAUCUGCUCGGGUUUCUACUACCUCUUUCCAGGUUCCCGCCAUCUAUACUCGCCCGAGUUCAAGAACGAUGUUUAUCUGUUCGUUUGUCAAUUGCUACUUGGUCUUAAGAUGACUCCAGCAUCCGUGCAGUCCAUGAGACGACAGUACUUUCCAGAAGAAGUGGUGGACGAUAUAGGUAUCAGGAUAAAACCCGUGGGUAAAUUAACUGCUUCAGCUUCUACAGGGGCGAUUUCUGAUGCUGGAAAUGGAUCCGCGAGGAAUGGUGACAUAUCACACCUGCCAAGACUUUUAUCGCCUCAAACCGCCCAAAUUCUCGCAAAGUCCGCUAGUGAGACUUCAUAUCUUGGGAAAUUAGCGACUGGCGACAACAGCAUUGCGAAGAUUUUAGAACCCCCGGUGACAUCAAUCUACAGCGCCAAUCUGGAUGAUCAAGACGAUUUUGGUGCUGUGCCUCGACUUCGACGUCAUCAACAGCGUGCUCUUUUUAAUGCGUCUCAGUUGAGUCCUCUGAUGAAACAAUACUUCCGCUCGCCAACGAUGAAUGCCCAGAAGGCCAGCUUUGUUCUUCGAACAACUCCCUCGGCAGACUGUGCCGUCGGCGGUGAAGAAACCUUUCACAAAUUCUACCGACGAAAAGCACAGAAGGGCUAUGCAGCUGAAGCGCAGCGACAACAUGAGAAAUGUAUACGAGAGAUUCAGAAGGAGCAGCGAGAUACCAAACGUGAGAUCGCUGCGUUGCAUGAAACGCGGGACUUGGUGCUCAGCAGCGGAAAAAAGUCACUACAAGCAUAUUGCACCGUACUCAUGAGUCGUAAACAUGUUAGUGAAGAAGAGAAUGCAACCCCCACUGCGGCUGGAAGCUCGAAUAUUGCAAUAGGAACAGGAAAUCAGCCAUAG